AGGCUCCGGUCCGACAUGAGGCGGUAAUGAGAGUGUGUGUGUGUUUUGAAGCGGCGCUGACACACACACACUCCAGUAAACAGAGGCAGGGAGAAGCUGUGGAGCGCUGCACUCUCUCUCUCUCUCUGUGUGUGAGCGGAACCGGGCUGCGCGGGUUUUACCGGGGAGGACAGGCAGGGCUGCGGCUGGAGGGAGAUUAGUCCUCUGUUUCCGGGAGGAGGAGGACAGGGCGCUGGGUCAUGUGCUGAGGAGCUGAGCGGGAGGAGACUGUCUGGAGCGGAGAAACACCGGGAUGCGAACAUGGCAUCGGUGCGUGUGGCGGUGCGCGUGCGGCCCAUGAACCAGCGGGAGAAGGAGCUCUCUGCCCAGAACAUCAUCAAGAUGGAAGGAAACAAGACAACCAUUACCAGCUUAAAAAUCCCUGACGGCGUGACGGGCGACUCAAUGAGAGAGAAAACUAAAACAUUCACGUAUGACUUCUCGUACGACUCGGGCGACCACACGAGCGCCAGAUUUGUCUCGCAGGAGAAGGUGUUUAAGGACCUGGGCUCCGAUGUGCUCAAGGCAGCGUUUGAGGGCUACAACGCCUGCAUCUUCGCAUACGGACAGACGGGUUCAGGGAAGUCCUACACCAUGAUGGGCAACCAGGCAGAUGUGGGGCUCAUCCCAAGGAUUUGCGAGGGCCUGUUCACCCGGAUAACUGGUAUGACCCGUCGUGAUGAAGCCUCCUUCCGUACGGAAGUCAGUUAUUUGGAGAUCUAUAACGAGCGUGUGCGAGACCUGUUGAGGAGAAAGAUGGCUAAGACGUAUAACCUGCGAGUAAGAGAGCACCCUAAAGACGGCCCUUAUGUUGAAGACCUGUCAAAGCACCUGGUUCAGAACUACAGUGACGUGGAGGAGCUGAUGGAGGCAGGAAACAUCAACCGCACGACGGCUAGCACCAGCAUGAAUGACGCCAGCAGCCGCUCGCACGCCAUCUUCACCAUCAACUUCACACAGGCGAAGUUCGAUACGGAGAUGCCGUGUGAAACGGUGAGUAAGAUCCACUUGGUGGACCUGGCGGGCAGUGAGCGAGCCGACGCAACGGGAGCCACCGGGGUUCGCCUCAAAGAAGGAGGGAACAUCAACAAGAGCUUGGUUACCCUCGGCAACGUCAUAUCUGCCCUGGCUGAUAUGUCUCAGGACAGCGGGAACGGCCAUCUGAAGAAGAAGCAGGUGUUUGUCCCCUACAGAGACUCGGUCCUCACGUGGCUCCUCAAGGACAGUCUGGGAGGAAACUCCAAGACCAUCAUGAUUGCAACCAUCUCUCCUGCAGACGUGAACUACGGCGAGACCCUGAGCACGCUACGCUAUGCUAACCGCGCUAAAAAUAUCAUCAACAAACCCACCAUCAAUGAGGACGCCAACGUGCGGCUGAUCCGCGAGCUCAGAGCCGAGAUCGCUCGCCUCAAAGCCCUGCUCGCACAGGGAAAUCAGAUAGCACUUCUGGAUUCACCCACAGCUCUGAGUAUGGAGCAGAAACUACACCAGAAUGAGGCUCGGGUGCUAGAACUGACAAAAGAGUGGGCAAACAAAUGGAAUGAAACACAGAACAUUCUUAAGGAGGAGACUCUAGCUCUGAGGAAGGAAGGAAUUGGUGUGGUCCUGGACUCCGAACUUCCUCAUCUCAUCGGCAUCGAUGAUGACCUGCUCAGCACCGGCAUCAUCCUCUACCACCUGAAGGAGGGGAGGACGUGCGUAGGCCGGGAAGACGCCGUCAACGAACAAGACAUCGUUUUGCACGGCUUGGGACUGGAGAGCGAACACUGUCUGUUUGAGAAUCAGGAUGGCACCGUGACGCUGAUCCCUCUGAACGACUCCCAAUGCUCUAUCAACGGGGUUCACAUCACUGAACCCUGCCAACUCAACCAAGGUGCUGUAAUCUUGCUGGGCAGGACCAACAUGUUCAGGUUUAAUCAUCCUAAAGAGGCAGCCAAACUGCGUGAGAAGAGGAAGAGUGGUCUUCUCAGUACACUGAGUCUCUCUAUGACGGAUCUCUCCAAGUCGUGUGAAAACCUCUCGACGGUUAUGCUCUACAACCCUGGACUGGAGUUUGAGAGGCAGCAGCGGGAAGAGCUGGAGAAGCUCGAACACAAAAGGCGUCUGAUAAAGGAGAUGGAGGAGAAGCAGAAGUGCGAGAAGGCGGAGCUGGAGCGCAUGCAGCAGGAGGUGGAGUCUCAAAGGAAGGAGUCUGAGCAGGUGCAGCUGCGCAUCUGCAGGCAGGAGGAGAGUCUGCGCAAACGCAGCCAGGACAUCGAGAGCCGCAUGAGAGACCUUCUGGCUGAGAAGGAGCGCUUCCAGGAGGAGCGUUAUAGGGAACAACAGGAGCAGAAACAGAGGAGAAGACGGCAGCAGCUGGAGCAACAGCUGGAGGAGGAGUUGGAGGAAAAGGAGGAGGAAGAGGAAGACGAGGAGCAGGCCAGGAGAGAACGCGUCGAGCAGACGGAGCUCUUCAAAGAACUGGAACGUCUGAAACGGGAGCGAGAGGAGCAGGUUGUUAAAAUCCAGCUGGAGAGGAGACGUCUGGAGGCUCAGGAGCGGGAGCAGCUCUCUCUUGUGGGUCGUCUGGAGGAGCAGUUGCGGGAGCGGAGCGAGGAAGCGGCGGCACUCCUGAGCCGAGAUGAGGCUCGCCGUCUGGAGGAGGAGCAGCGAACUCUGGCUGAGAUCCGGGAGGGUCUGCUGCUCAUGAAAGAUGCGCAGGUGGAUGGUGAGGACGCGGGUGAGGAGGCGCUGAGAAGUGCCAGGGAGCGGUACGAGGUUUUCAAACAGGGGCAGGUGCAGGAGCUGGGCAUGUUGGUCGAGGGGCUGUCGCAGCAGAAGGAGCGGCUCGAGAAGGAGGUGGCCAACGAUCACGCUGCCCUCGGAGUCAUGCAGCACGCACACAGGGAGAAACAGAGACUGGGGCGUGAGACGGUGGGGUGGGGAGCGCAGGACUCCUCGUCUCUCCUGCAGGAGGAGGCUCAGCUCUCUCAGGCCGAGCACAGGCUGCAGUGUAAAGAGCGCCAGCUGCUCUCUCUGCGUCAGAAUCACCUGCCCGCUGUGUCGGAGGAGCUGCACCGAGCUGAGGAGGCGCUGGAGCGAGUGCGGGGCAGAGAGACGGGGGGCAGCCCCGAGCAGGUGGAGAAGGAGCUUGACGAGAUGCUGUAUCAGAUAGAGAAGGAGCUGGAGGAGAAGCAGGAGCGUCUGUCUCAGCACGGCGCCAGUGCAGAGCAGCUCCUGCAGCUGCAGCAGACCUACGAGUUCACAGCCAACGUGGCUCGGCAGGAGGAGAAGGUGCGGCGUAAAGAGCAGGAGAUCCUGGAGACGAGGGAGAAGCAGCAGAGGGAAGCGCUGGAGCAGGCGGUGGCCCGGCUCGAGAGGAGACACUCGGCCCUGCGACGGAGCCUCAGCCAGGAGCCUGAAGCAGAAGAGGCCCGCAGGAGGAGCAUCGUGGCCUCCAUGGGACACAACGGCACACGAUGCACUGUGGUGCCUGAGCUCGACCAGGAGAGGAUGGAGAGAGAAAUAGCUCAGCUAAAGCAGAGGAUCAGUGAGAGUGAGACGAGUGGGCGGAGCCUCUCUGUGAGCAGUGAUGACAAGAACAGUGUGGGGAACUGUCCGAUGAGCCCCAUCCAGAGCCUUAACGCAGUGCUGCCGCUCACUGAUGACCGGUUAAAAGCAUACAUUGAAGAAGAGGUUCAGAAGAGGCUGCAGCAGAUGAAUCUGCUGAACCCUGACAAUAAAAACGGUCUGCCGCUGUCCUCUGAGCCGCUGCAGGAGGAUGAGGAAGUUGGUGAGCAUAGCUCUGUUCGAACAAACAUGCAGAACAACUGCACACAUCCUGUGGAUCCUCGUAGACAGAAGUAUGAGCGUUUUGUGUCAAUCCCGUUAAGUCCAAGUCCAGACCGCUUGAAGGAUCCGGUGAAGAUCAGCAUCCCACGCUAUGUCCUUCGGGGACAGGGCAAGGAUGAGCACUACGAGUUUGAAGUCAAGAUUACAGUUCUGGAUGAAACAUGGACUGUGUUUCGACGCUACAGCCGCUUCAGAGAAAUGCACAAAUCCCUGAAAAUGAAAUACCCCGAGCUAGCAGUACUGGAGUUCCCGCCGAAAAAAUUAUUUGGCAACCGGGAUGAAAAAAUGGUGGCUGAGAGACGCAAUCACCUGGAGCGCUACUUGAGAAACUUCUUCCAGAUCAUGUUAUUGUCCUGCUCUUCCUCUCCUUUGCGAGUCGACGACUCAGGCCUGCAGCUCUCCAAACAUGCCGUGUGCGACAUCUCGCCUUUCUUCAAGAAAGGAGUGUUUGAUUACAGCAGUCAUGGAACAGGAUGAGCAUGACCGCAACCAUCUCCACUCGUGCUCCGUCACUCCACACUGUCCCAGGAUAGCACCAGGGUGGAUUGCUAGACACAAGCUCAAAGCCAAAGUACUAGCCUUGGUGCCUUUGGUGGUCCCAUAGUUUAGUCUAUCAUCAGGGUCUGAGUUAGAUCCCUACAGACCUGGUAGUAUAGCAACCAGAAGAAUAACAUGCUGAAAAUUGUGUAGCUAUUCGGUUUGGUUGUCAUUGAGGUAAAAAUGAUGCAUGAGUCAGGACAAAAUCAAAUUUUAUCCAUCCAGAUGGUUGGGAUGAAAACCAUAAUGGUAACGUAUACACAGGCUAUUGAUGUAAUUGUUCAGACCGCUUAGAGCGGUAUUGCUGUAUUUUGGUGUAGUGAAUAUCCGCUUGGACAGCAGGACGCUAAUCCUAGCCCAGCACGUUCCCUAUGCAAGUACACUGUGAAGUCCAGCCUCCCACACGCUAACACUCGGCCAUGUCAUAAUUUGAACUGUUCUCUACCAACAUGACUGCCGUUACUGUUUAUAGCGGUCUCAAUGUACGCUCUUGGAAUUAAGUAAAACGUUUCAGCUGACGUCUUCCAAAAAGAGUGAUUUAAGCGACCACCACUGAAUAACUAUUCCAGAACGUGUAGUUAACAGAUUUAGAAUCUGAUUGUAUAGCAAGAUGAACAUAAUUCAUUUUAAUAUAGUCUUUGUACUGAAAUUAAACAAUGACUUGCACACGCACAGCCAAUAAUAUUUCUCUGAAAGCCAUAUGUGUAGAUGAUGAUGUGUAAGACUAUUGAUUAUUGCGCAGUGUGUAAAGUUGUUCUCAUACAAUAUGAAAGGGAAAGAGAUUGUACAGUUUGGAGAACUACUUCAUGUUUUGACUUUUUUUUUUCUUUUUCGGAUGAUGGCUCUUCAUAUGAAUUUGACUUGAGUUAAGUUAUGAUGCAGGGUUAGACUAUUAAAAAGCCAAGACAUUUAAAAAAAAAAAGUACUAUUUUUCUCUUCCGAGAGCUGAUGGUUUGCCAGCAGUGAUUGAAGACCCGAAGGUCUUUUCAGUUAUUUAUACAUUUGUAUGUAUAUAUGUUAUCAAAACAUUUUAUUUUAGAAUUGAGGAAAUUGUUCGAAUUAUGAUUUGUUCACUGACAUUAA